AUGGACGAAUAUUUGGGAAGGUGGUGGUUACGUGUAAGAGCCGAAGACUACCUCGCACGAGGCAAUGGCCAUCAUGGAUUCUAUUGGAAGCUGAAGACGUAUUUGCAAGAGCAGCACGUCAAAGAUUCCGAAUGGUGUUAUGCGUACUUGGUUACAGCACCACGCUUUCUCGGCUAUGCAUUCAAUCCCGUCUCAUUCUGGUACGUCUACGACGCCGAGCACCAACUCAAGAAGAUGAUUUUGGAAGUCAACAAUACGUUUGGUGAAAGGCGCAUGUACUUGCUGGAUGGGUCGAGUUCUCCUACUUCGCCAACCAUGCCAAACGCUCAGCCAUUAUCUAGAGCAGAAGAGCAUGAGCCACAGUUACCCAACGGAGCAAAGUCCAAGUUUACCGAUGUAUGGAUGAAGGACUUUCACGUUUCACCUUUCAAUUCUAGGAAGGGUUCUUAUUCUUUGAAAGCACUGAACCCGUUUCCUUUCGUCAGUUACGAAGACCCAAUGAUCGACAACACGAUUACGCUCAAAUCGUCCAAGGACCAUGGGAAACUUGUGGCCCGUCUUUACUCCACUGGCAAAUCUCUUGAUCCCGACCAACUGGGCAUUUUUGGAACAAUGCGAUUCGUUCUGAGCUGGUGGUGGGUCGGCUUAGUCACGUUCCCACGCAUCAUUCGGGAAGCUGGCAAACUGUUCUUCAAGAAGAAGUUGCAUGUAUGGUUCCGGCCCGAGGUGCUGACUACCAGCGUCGGUCGUCUCCCCAGCUCAGCCGAGACAUUGAUCUACCGAGCCUUCAGCAAUUAUCUCACCAUGCUGGUGAACCAAACGGCAGUUCCUUUCUGCAUCACACUCAAAACUUCGAUUCCCGAGCCCGACACCGAAUGGAUCACUACAUCAGGAGAAGACGAUGAAAAUCCACGAAUGAGAUAUAUCGAAAUUCGUGUCCUCACACCCGGGUUUUACUCGCGCCUCGUACAUUACACAUAUACAUCAGAGGCCGUGGACCGCGAAUGUAUCUUCACCGAUGAGCGAAACAGGACUUUAUGGAUCUGCCGCCCGCAAUUACUGCCAUUACUGCUUUCUCAGCACUCAUCAAUACGCAUCAAAAAGAAGGACAUGCGGGGAGUGAAACGAAGUUACCUUGAUGAGCUUAGAUGGUCGCUGCUCAAGAAGUUGAGGUGCGCGCCAGCUGAUCCUGCAUAUUCGGUGACGCCAAAGAGUACCACUGCCACAGUCAGCGACAUCCGCCAUAGACCGUACUCUGAGUUGGACGAGUUUGUGAGGAGCUCCAAGGGACGGUGGUAUGCCGGUGAGUAUAGAAGAGCUGUCACAAAGCUGUUCUUAGCACAGCGCUUCUGUUUCGGAUUUUCAGAGGGUGUUGGCUUGAUCGACUUGAUACUAAGGAUAUCCUUGUGUUUCCUUGCUGUCCUGCAGUUGAGAAACUGGGGCGAACUCGGUGAAAGGACAGGGUCAGGAAACUGUCUGAAACUGCUGCUGACCGAGAGGAACCUAUCUGCUUGUCUCGGCGCGCUUGAGAUUAGUAGCUGGAAUUGGUGGUCGAUGGCGAAAAGCGCUGCAUCAAUGUAUGCCUGUCAUGCCUAUAGCCUGCUUAAAGGCUACAACUAG